UGUGUGUAUAAAAGAUGCCGACAAGUGCACCAACCAGCACCAGUCACUGUCAGUUAGUUCGUUCGUUCAGUUUGGGUCCACCCAGUGUUUCUUGUUCUUACGUUUCCCAGUCGAAGAUGUGCAGCAAAGUGCUUAUCCUGGCCACCGUUGUGGUGUGCAGUGUUAUGGCCGCUCCCCAGAAGCGCCUUGGUGGCCCAGUACUCGGAACGGCCGAGUCGCAGGCCGUCAUCCUGGCCCAGGAACACAACCAUGACCCGAGCGGUGCGUACAACUAUCGCUACGAAACGAGCAACGGCAUUGCGGCACAGCAGACCAGCUACGACGGUGCGAAUGCGGCCGGCGAGUACUCGUACACCGGACCGGACGGUGUGCUGUACCGGGUCGCGUACAAUGCCGAUACGUACGGGUUCCAGCCGCAAGGUGCCCAUCUGCCGGUGGAACCACCGGUACCGGACCAUGUGCUGAAAUCGCUCGAGGAGAUCCGUGCCAAUCCGCCGCGUGAUCAGGAAUUUAAUCUUGCCGCGCUCGAUGCGCAGAUCGCACGGCUACGGGCAACGCUUGGUUAAGCGGUAUGGUGCAAGACGUGGUUGUGAUUAUGAUGUACUACCGGAUGAACGGGAGCUGGCAGUAGCAUUCCCGGGGUGGUUUUAUGUAACGAAUUGAGUAAGCAAAAAAUAAAUUCAAAAUGUUUCAAACGAUUUUUCCAAACAAGUUAGUUCUUAUUCAACACUAGCUAAAUGGAAAGAAAAUAUGACAUCAUUGAAUGAAAAUGAAAAAAACUGCAAAUUGAAUCCAGAAAAACAUUAAAAGUUUUGUAAACUGAAUCUACAAGACAAAACUUUGUUCCCAUACGCUCAUGUUUAUAAAAAAAUCAAUAUUAAAGAAAAGAACACUUAAAGGACUUAAAUUUAUGCAAAAAUAAAUUAAAUUAUUUUAAAUAAACGAUCAUCAUACAGAAAAGAAGAAACAAAAAUACAUAUAGAAAAACAGUAAUAUGAAAAAGAAACUAAAGGAUACAACUGCAAAAAAAACUUUAUUCGCAAAUUCA